AUGUUCAACAUGAAUACUGAUAACGAAUGGAAUACUGCUACUACUAAGCUGAUAGGAACUGAAAGAUCAUGUUUGUCCAAACAAAGAACGAAAUCUGAUUUAAACGAUGGAACUAAUUAUACUGUUGAUAACUGUUAUCAAUGCGAAGGUAGAGGAAUAUCAAUUAAAAAAUUAUACGAACCUACGUGGUCGAUAAACAAAAAUAUUGAUCCAGAGUUGGACUUUUCAAAUUCAAGCAUUGAAUUUUAUUUCAAAAAUCUUAGAGGGGAAAAAUUGAAACCGGCUACAGAAAAAAUUGACUAA